AUGGCGGAAUUAGCAGAACCGGAGAAGAAAAGAAGGAGAAUAGAGGAGCUGACUAAGAACAUGGUUGUGGACGGAGGGAGUGGAGACCGGGGAACCUGGCAGGGACGAUGGGACCAUGUCAAGAAGUUUUUGGAGAGAGCUGGACCUUUCACACAUCCUGACUUUGAACCUAGUACUGAGUCUCUUCAGUUUUUAUUGGACACAUGUAAAAUUCUAGUCAUUGGAGCAGGCGGACUUGGAUGUGAACUUCUUAAAGAUUUGGCUCUGUCAGGUUUUCGACAUAUACACGUGGUUGACAUGGACGUUAUUGAUGUUUCCAACCUCAACAGGCAGUUUCUGUUCAGACCAAAAGAUGUGGGGCGGCCAAAGGCAGAUGUCGCUGCAGAUUUUGUGAACAGUCGGGUCCCUGGAUGCCACGUUGUCCCACAUUUCAAGAAAAUCCAGGACUUGGACGAGACGUUUUAUAGACAGUUCCACAUAGUAGUUUGCGGACUGGACUCAGUCAUUGCCAGAAGAUGGAUGAAUGGAAUGCUACUGUCUCUUUUGAUCUAUGAGGAUGGGAUCUUGGACCCCAGUUCCAUCAUUCCCCUGAUUGACGGCGGCACAGAGGGCUUUAAGGGCAACGCUCGUGUCAUCUUACCUGGUAUGACAGCCUGCAUUGACUGCACCCUGGAGCUCUAUCCGCCGCAGAUAAAUUUCCCUAUGUGUACCAUUGCCUCAAUGCCAAGACUGCCAGAGCAUUGCGUUGAGUAUGUACGCAUGCUGCUUUGGCCCAAAGAGAAGCCCUUUGGAGACGGCGUGGCUCUGGAUGGGGACGAUCCCGAGCACAUUCAGUGGGUGUACCAGAAGUCUUUGGAGAGAGCGUCCGAAUUUAACAUUACGGGAGUGACCUACAGACUUACUCAAGGUGUUGUGAAAAGAAUCAUCCCUGCUGUGGCCUCUACAAAUGCUGUCAUUGCUGCUGCUUGUGCCACAGAGGUUUUCAAAAUUGCCUCGAGUGCCUACCUUCCCCUGAACAACUACUUAGUGUUCAAUGACGUUGAUGGAUUGUAUACUUACACUUUUGAAGCAGAGCGGAAGGAAAACUGCCCCGCCUGUAGUCAGAUCCCUCAAGAUCUCCACUUUUCUCCUUCUGCCAAACUGCAGGAGGUGCUGGAUUACCUGAAAGAAAGUGCCUCUUUACAAAUGAAAUCUCCUGCUAUCACAACAACACUGGACGGGAAGAAUAAAACACUCUACUUGCAGACUGUUGCCUCUAUUGAAGAAAGAACACGUCCGAAUCUUUCCAAAACGCUGAAAGAGCUUGGAUUAUCGGACGGCCAGGAGUUGGCAGUGGCUGAUGUCACCACUCCACAGACAGUGCUUUUCAAACUCAACCUUACAUCACAAGGCAGCUGAUUUACUCAGACGUGAUAUCAGGUGUCCGUCUAACGCUGUGGCAGCAUUAUUGUCAUCGGUGAAAAUAAUGAAAGUCAUGGUUUUUUUCCGUGUCAUGGGCCUUAAAGGCCAUAGACUGUAGGUUUAUGACGGUGGUUUUACUUUGUCUUCAUGCACUGUAACUUGAUCAGAUCUGCAUAUGGGAAGAGGAGGCACUUACUCCUUGAUAAUGUCUUGUUUUGUGAAUCUUUGGUAAUUUAUUUUAUUAUUAGUGUUAUGUUGUGGCCUAAUUCCUU